GGUAAGUAAUUAAUGACAUUAUUUUCAUUUUUGGAUGAACUAACCCUUUAAAUAGAUAAGGUCUGUUGUUUCCAUUCUUGGUGUGAAGGGGCAUUUAAAUAAAUAUAGGUAUGAAAGUCCAUGUAUGUUUUGAAAUUCUGUUUGUUGACUGGUGGAGAGUACGAAUUGGAAAAAUAUCUUACGUAAAGUGUGUCGUGGGACUGUUUCAUACGUCAACAUAAUUCAAUUAUGCAAAAAUGCAUUAGCCUGUUUUUCUUUGCAAAUUCCAGCAUUCUCUUUAUCUAAUCUGACAUAAGGAAAUAGCACAGACACAAUGUCAAGGGGAUGAACUCUUGAAAAAACAAAUGUCUAGAGUUGCUGAUGUGAAGUCAAGCAGUUCUUUCACUUUAAUUGUUGCACAUUGAACAUUGAGUUGUUUUGUGAGAUUUUGAGAACACUUUUGACAGACAUUGACUGAACAAGUCCCUCCCUUCAGUGCUAUGAUAAUUAGGGUCAGAUUUUGACCUUCAGAAGGUGCUUCUGGCAUAUUCCAUAAAGCCGUCUGAGUUACUCUCUGUGAAAUUGUAGCAGUGACAUUCUGGUAUCUCUGACCUCAUCCAAACAUUUAUCAUGAGGUUGUCUCCACUUUCACAAUAUCUGCUGGUGUUCAUAUCAGUCUUGUCACUAAGCAGGGUGACAAAUGCACAGUCAGCGCCAGUGGUAUUCUAUCCAUUCGGCUCAGUGGCAGGAGACACUGUUAAUAUUUCUACUGAGGAUGAAAACUCCACUCUUGUCAACCUGUGGAGACCUUUUGUGUUCUUUGGCCGCACAUACAACAAGACUUAUGUUAAUAGUAGCGGGCUCCUUACAUUCAACCAGCCUUCAUCUGAGUUCUUCACUAAGAACUUUCCCAUCAAUGGAAGUGAAGACAUCAUUGCUCCCCUCUGGACAGACGUUGAUGUCAGUAUGAAUGGCAUCAUCUCAUAUCAGCAGUACUCAAAUGGAAGUGUGCUCACUCAAGCCACUCAGGAUAUAAAACGGUAUUUCCCUGAUCUGAAUUUCACGGCUACUUGGGUCCUUGUUGCAACUUGGGAUAGAGUUGCGUACUUUUAUCACACUGGCACGGAAACAUCGUUUCAAGUGGUUUUAAUUUCGGGUGGUGAUUUGUCUUUUAUUCUCAUGAAUUAUGGUGACUGCGCUGUGACGCCUAAUGUGGUGCAGGCUGGUUAUGACACAAUAAACUCCACGGCCUACUUUGUGAUUCCUGGAUCAAUCAAUGGAAGCGCUAUUCCAAACCUUCUGAACUCCAGUAAUGUAAGUGUUCCAGGUCGAUGGGCCUUCAGGGUGGACGGUGGACCUCAUCAAAAUAAUCUACAAGGAAAUAUCAUAGGAGUUCAAAUGAGAGUUACAUCAUUUUCAGACCUAACAGCGAUUGGAAAAAUUGAGAUUGUUUUAGAGAAACUACAACAGGAGCUGGUCAAGUCCAGCCUGCCGAGCAGCGUGAAGCUGACCUUAAGAAAAAUCCAAAAGAUACAGCCGUAAUAUCGUAAUAUGGAAUAUAUAACUCAUACAAGGAAAGAAAUUCAGAGACUGGUUCAUUAAAUCUCUUAAAUCAAAUAUCCCUGCCAUUAAAAUAUCCUUCAUACAGGGAAGCUAACCAGCAAAUCUAGCCAUUGAGGAUGGAAAUGCUGUCAUUCCAGUUUAAAGUUCUUUGCACAACGUUUUCUGUCAGCUUUGACACAUUCAGAGUCAAAUCACAUUCAUUUCUCUAAAAAAUUCACAGAUGAAGAAUGUCACUCUUCAAGAAGGUAAAUGUUUGUAUGAGGUGUGACAGCGGUUUAAUCUGUCUAUCUGCGGUGUCAAUAGUGGUAAACCUGUAUUCCUCUGUGGCUCCAUUUGCUGGUAAAUCAACUUUUUACAGAUCCAUAUCGUAACUGUCUAUUGGGGAGACGAGGCUAGCUGAAUCUGAAUAUAAUGCUAUUAUUUUUACCUUUAUUGCUCAGGAAAAAAGAUGUAGUCAACUAAACAAACAUUGAGCUUUUGUGACAACAUGCCUCGAUAGAGUGCAAAAGUGCAGAAAAAGAUGUGGAGUACGUUCAUGAUGGAUGGAUGUGGAUGGAAGCACUUUCUUCAGCUCAUACUUGUUGAUCCCGCUCACUGCCAUUAUAAAGCUGAAAUGCGUCAGGAUAUUUAUUAAUAUUUCUCAGAUUGUGUUCAUCAGAAAUAAGAAAGUCAUAUACAUCUAGGAUGGCUUGAGGGUGAGUAAAGCUUGGGGUAAUUUUCAUUUGAAAGUGAACUAAUCCUUUAAGAAAGGAGAGUCUUAUGUCUUCAUAUACCGAAUGUGAUAUUUUACACUUGAUUUAAACUUAAACGCUUUGACUAUUAUCUGAUUAGUACACACAUGCUCUUUCAUUCAGAAAUCUUUGCUGAUCUGCCAUAAGGGGUUGACAUUGCUAGUGUUAAUAGGCCUACACAUUAAAAAGCCUACAUACAAGGCUGUUUUACAUACUGAGGGUCCGAAGUGUGUUGGGUAAACCGAAUCAUAGGGACAAAAGGGUUGUGUUAUUUACUAAACAAAUACACCCACAUUUAUAAGUUGCAAUGUACACAAGCAUGAAGAAGCAUUUUAUAUGUAUGCACGUCAUGGUUUCAUGUUGGUGUUGAUAUUUGAGUUUGUCAAUGUAUUUUUCUCAUAUAUUUCUACACAGUAACAGAGAAAGUGUCACUGGGCCUGUUCGAAUACCCGCACUUACUUGACCACUUGUCUACUUGCAUGACAUCUUUAUGGAGAUCGGAUAAAGUGUUCAAGAGCGUGUAAAGACUGCAAGUGUUUUAAGAUUUUUGUAUUUGGACAGGCCCAAAAUCAAGUAGUAUCACUGAGUUCUCAGUAUCAGAGAUCAAGAUGAAUUCAUGUCUCCAUCUGCUGGUCAGACUUUAGAAAGAAUAUUAAAAUUCAAUUCAUAGGCAA